GUGUGUGUUACGUAUGGUGUGUGGUGCUAGAGUUGUCAAAGCCUCCCUAGAAAGUGAAUGGCUCUGAAUUAUUACGUACACUUCGUGUAACCCGUAAUGGAGUUAGAUACAGAAAGUACAACUACGUCAAUCGAUGAUAAAACGGAAGAUUUCUGUGAAAAUCCAACAAGGGACACGCUUGCUGAGGGAUUAAUGUGUUUGUUGAAGCCCACAAUCGAUCAACUUGACGAAAGAGUUCGUGCCACUAGAAUAAGCCAAGUGGAGCUUAAGCAGCAAAUUGAAGGAUUGGCUGAAGAAUUGAAAAAAAUCUCCAAUGCUCAGCCGUGCCCUUUAGAUUUAGAUGUUUAUGUAAGAAAAUUAAUGAAUGCCAAGCUGAAGGUAACUGUUGUAAGCAACAUUCUGCAAACUGCUCAGGACCGUCUUAAUAAGGUGCAUUUUGCAAUAGAGAAAGAAGCAGCUCGUAGAAGAGCUCUUUUAGAACCAUCACCCAUUACUACUCCUGCUGCUGAAAGUAAUUCUGCUAGUUCUGUUCAGGGCCACUUAUUGUGGGGUACAACUAUUGCAAUGCCGUCAUUUAAGAUAGAAACUCCUUCCCUUUCUCAUUUAAGUCAUGAAGAUUACAUAAAUGUUUAUGAACCUGCAGAAGAUUCUUUUCUUUUGUUGGAUGCAUUGGAAGAUGAUUUGGAACUUCUUCAGCAGAGACGCCCAGUUGGCAGUGGAUCAGGAGUGGUGACAACAGCCAUUGCACGUACAUUGGGAGCUGAGGUUUUCUGCUUGGCAAUUGAUAUUAAUCAGGCAGCAUGCUCUGCUACAAAUUGCACGGCCAAAGAAAAUGGUGUUAAAGUGGAUGUAAUAAAUGGUGACCUUGUGACACCUCUGCGUGGUGUUUGUGCUGUAGAUCUGUUGGUGUUCAAUCCUCCUUAUGUCCCAACACCACAUUGUGAAGUGAUCACUUCACUUGAAGAGCCUCUUACACGAGCAUGGGCUGGAGGAGAACGUGGAAGAGAGGUAAUGGACCGGCUGUUUCCCUUGCUCCCAGAAGUUCUUGCUCCACAAAGCCUCUUCUACAUGGUUGCAAUUGAGAAUAAUGACGUUCCACAGAUCCGGGAGGUCUUAUCAGCACUGGGUUUCCAGUCACAUGUGGUGAAGCAAAGACGUGUGCGGGGUGAGCAUUUGGUAGUCCUGCGUUGUCAGAAACACAGUGAUUCCUUAGAGUAAACAAAGACAUGAUUGAAUAAAUCAAACAUCUCCAGACCCAAAAUGAUGCUCAAUUGUGUGGUAAAAAGCGGCUUAUAAGAAAAUGGGAAAUGGUUAUGUGGAUUUGGGGAAAAAUGCAUUCAUUCCAAGAUUCUGUGAUGAAUUUCAGAAUAUCAUAAUUAUUUCCUCUUACAUUUUUAGUAAUUUUUGAAUACUACAAAUUAAUUGAUUUCCUUCCUAAUUAAUUUCAAAACUGGUUACAUUUAGAGCUGUUAUAAUGGAUGUAAAUAGAUAAUUGAACUGUCUUUAAAUAUUUAUGUUUUUCCAGUUUCAAAUCAAAACAUCCAUGUGCACUAUAAACAGGACUAUUUUAAAUCUACUAUUAUUACUAUAUUAACUAUUUCAUUAAUUUAAGGUCAAUGAUGAAACAAAAAUUCUUCUCCAUGAUACUUCCAAAAGCGUAUUUGGAAAACAGUUCAAUUCAACUGUUCUUCAGCAGCUGCUGAAUCUGUAAAUUUGUUUUUUAAUUACUCAAAGCAUUUAAGUUAUAUGUAUGUGGAUGGUUAAAAUUACUCCUAGUCAAUCAGCUGUUUGUAAUAAUUACAGGAUGGUAAAACAAGUGUUCCACCUGCCUUAGUAGUUAAUUAGUAAGUGUAUUAGUUAUAAUUACUUCUUUGGUAAAUACACUUGUACGUUUAUUUUCUGAUAUGGAAAAUAAAUAGUUAAGAUUUUCUCUAAAGGCAAAUAAAACAAGCAAAAAUAGGACGUUUGUUGCAGUCUUUUCCACUCCUUUUACUUUUUUUACAUAUGUAGUACAGUGGAAAUCCAGUAAUCUGAAGUAAUUAGGGUUAUGUGAUCUGUUCAGAUUAUCUGGAAAAAAAUGUACCAUACAUAUACAAAUAGUAUGUAACAUUGAAUGCGAUGUGAGAAAAUUGC